AUGGGCCGGACGCAUUCGAGGGAGGACGAUGCUGUGGUAGCACGUCCGCUUGCUGUCCGCACGAGGACUUCAGGAGUUGCCGACACCAAAGGCUCCCUUUCACCAACGCACAAUGCGCUCUCCAGCCCUAGAAAACAUAGAAAUACCGUAUAUCUUGAACGCACCGCCUCUGUCGAAGAUGAGGAUGCCAAGAUCGUUAAUAGUGCGGUCUCUCACAGACGGACGCAGACCUCGGAUAUCUCUCCUGUCGGGGAACAUUCGGACUUCUCCGGAAGCGGAUGGCAGCAGCGUAGUUCCUUGAGAGAAACAACGGACUACGACGACGAUGAUUCCCCUGUUGCAGCUUCAAUAGCCGAGGAAGUCAUUCUGGCUGAACGGUAUGAACAAAAGGCUAGCCAUUCGGACAACCAGCCUAACAAAGUGAUGACGCCAGCUCAAUUCGAGCGCUAUCGACAGCAGAAGGAAAUGACAAGGAAGAAAACAGACACGUCCUCUAGCUACCUUUCGGACGACGACAGUGACCACUAUGAUGACGAGGAGGACGAGGUGGAGAAAGCUCGUGAGGCUGCGAAGCAAAGAAAGAGGCAGGAAGCUCAUCUGUCGGUAUACAGGCAGCAGAUGAUGAAGGUUACGGGAGAGCAGGCCAAACCACAAGACUCGGAUUUAAAUAUUAGCAUCGCAGGCUCACUCAGCAACCUCAGCCGCACAUCAUUCCUUGCUCCAGAGACAUCUACCAACGGUAAUUCCACCGGAAACGGCAAGAGCAGCGACGGAGAAGAAGACGAGGACAUCCCACUGGGCAUCCUAGCCGCCCACGGCUUCCCCAACAAAGUCCGGCCACCGGGCCAUCUAACUCCCUCAAUCUCAAACCCCAACCUCCGCUCCUCAAUGGCGUCCUUUGUCCAGCCCCCGCCCUCCGUCUCAGGCGAAGCAAUCCCGCAAGCCAGCCGUGUCAGCCUCCCCGUCUUCGCACGCAACCUCCCCCGCGAUCCUUAUAACAUUGGCGCGGGCCUUAUCAACCCUUCACACCGCGAAUCAUUGGCUCUGGGCGGUGGUUCGCCAUCGGUCUACGGUGCGCCGCCCGGUUUGCCACCCGGAGGACUUGUAGGGGUUAUUGCGAGUGAGGAGAGGGCGAAGGCUAUGCGUAGGGGAAGUCCGAAUGGGGCUACUACUCCGAAUAGCUUUUUAGGGACGAACGGACCCCAGGGAAAUUGGAGUAAUAUGAUGGGUAUGAAUACACCGUCACCGCAUUUCCUGAAUGUGCCUGGUGGAGGUGGCUCGCCUAUGGGUCUGGGUCCGCAGCAGAUGUACUCACAACAGCCACAGCCGCAGCAAUACUAUGGCCAGGCGCAGAUGAUGACUCAAAUGAUGCAGACGCAGAUCCAAUGGAUGCAAUCCAUGAUGCAAAUGCAAGGCCUGCCCACGCAACCCAUGCCUGGCGCAGGCCCGGGUCAACAGAUGACCGCCCCCGGCAGCCCCGUUCGGCCCGUCUCCAUGCUCUCCAUGGGUCCCGGCCCCAACGUGAACCAAGGCCCGCCACAAGUCGACCAUCAAACCCUCAGCCUCCUCGAUCCGAGAUGGACCAAUCGCCAAUCAUCCUUCCUCCCCAACUCUCCUUACCAAACCGAUUUCAACAUGAACAUUGGGCCUCUGCCAGGGACGGCCACUGCCUACGCACCAUCCGUCGCGCCAUCGGAGCGCAGUAACGUCGGCACGGCGUCGAGGUAUCGGCCUGUUUCUACGGGGUCGGGCAUACAGGUGGGUGGUAAUGAGCGGACGAUGAGCGAGAGGUCGUCGACGUUUACGUCUUCGACUCUUAAGCCGUGGAAUGAGGGGAAGAGGGGGAUGAGUUUUUCCUCGGGGACUGGUGUUGCCGCGGCGAGACCGUUGAGCCACUUGAGGGUUGAGACGCCGGUUGGUGAUGGAUUGAAUGGGAAUGGAAAAGGGAAUGAGAAUGAGAAUGGGAAUGCGGAGGACGACGAUGAGGAUGAAGGGUGGGCGGAGAUGAUGAAGACGCGGGAGAAGAAGAAGAGUGGAUGGAAGUAUAAGAAGACGGCGUCAUCGUUGGGGGAGUUGUUUCAUCACCAUCAUCACCAUCAUCACCAUAAUACUACGGCAGCCUAA